AUGUUGCUCAGCCGCUUCUCCUUCCUUUUCCUUCUGUCUCUUACUCCUCUAGCAAACUCGGCCAGCAUAAAACGAUGGCGAGAGAGCGAGACGAGCCAUGCCACAGUCGUCCUACAAAACAACAUCACCGUCCACGGCGCCUCGGCCAACGGCACAGAGUCAUUCCUCGACAUCAGGUUCGGACAUGACACGAGUGGAGCGAACCGCUUCAAAGCCCCUCAAGCCUUCCAAUACCCUCCCAAUGCGAUUGUCAACGCCAGUGCUCCCGGCGCCGCAUGUCCCCAGCAAAAAGUGCCCAUCCCCGGCCUGCCCCUCUUCGAUAACGUCACGAACAUCUCCGAAGACUGUUUGACGGUGAGAGUGGAUCGGCCAGCAGGUGUUUCGUCAGGUGCAAAGUUGCCGGUCAUGGUCUUCAUCUACGGCGGCGGCGACACGGUCGGCCAGAUCUACGAUGGCGCCUACGAUCCCUCUGGCUUGAUCCUUGGUGCUGCGCAAAAGGGGUUUCCCAUUAUUUACGCGGCCAUGAACUACCGAGUGGGCGUCUUCGGUUUCGCCGCCUCGGAUGCUUUGAGAAAGGAAGGUUCGCUGAACGCUGGUCUUCUCGAUCAACGCCUUGGAUUAAAGUGGAUCCAAGAGAACAUCGCUGCCUUUGGCGGAGAUCCAGACCAGGUGACCGUCUUUGGCGAGAGUGACGGCGCGACGGGCGUCGGUCUCCAAAUCACCGCCUACGGCGGUCAGGGGCCGAAACCCCCUUUCCGAAGAGCCAUCAUGGAAUCCGGCGGUCCUACUGCCGACGCGGGCACGGCCAGCAAUUUCUCGGCUGUCCAUACCGCCGCUCUCGCAGAUCUGCUCAACUGCUCGUCGGCCAACAGCGUACCAGAUCUGGCUUGCUUGCGGAAGGUUCCUUUGACCAAGCUCGUCAACAUUGCCUACCAAUACGAGGUGAAGACGGAGCCCCCGUCGGGCCUGGAUGUUUUCAUUCCCACUGCCCCAUCGACUUUCAUACCGGACAGCCCAUCGAGGCUUCUGUAUCAGGGGAGAUUCAGCAAAGACAUCGAUAUCAUCUCAGGGUGGAACGAGGACGAUGGCUCUUUCUUCGUGUCUCCCACGAUCGACUCCGAGGCCAAGCUUCUGGAAUUUUUCGCCUUCUCCUUUCCGAAUCUCAGCAAUGCCACCACAAAAGAGGUGCUGAAUUUGUACCCUGUCUCGCAGUUCGAAUCGAGCGCCACCAAGAACGUCUCGGCGCAAUACUUCCGAGCGAGUCGGAUCAUGCGCGAUGCGUAUUACGCGUGCCCGAGUGUGUUGAUGGUCCAAUCCAAUGGCAAGUACUCGAACGCAUCGACAGCGAACUACCUGUACGUCUUGAACCAGACGAUGUUUACUAGCGUGUUCGAGGAAGCCGGCGACGCGUAUCUGGGCGUGUCGCAUUUCAGCGAUAUCCCUUUUGUGUUCAACCAGGCCAGCACGCGCUACGCUCAAGUAUCCACGUCUUCCGACGUCAAGUUGUCCAGCUUAGUGAGUGGCAGCUGGGCGGCAUUUGCUGCUUUUGGAAUCCCAUCUGGUAGGAAUGGGACAUUGACGACGUGGCCGAGGGCUGGGAACAGCAGUGGCUUGGAAAUUGAGAUUAUCGGGGGACCAGAUGCCGGCGUGCAGAGCAGCAAAGAGUACGAAGAGCUGCAGGAGCGAUGCACCUUCUGGAACUCGCCCGUUGUGACUCAGCAGCUGCAGGUGUAG